GCUCGCGGUAGCGGAGAGAGGCGGACACCGCGCGGGGUCGUGUUACUUUGCGCCUUGCUUUUUAUAGGAGGAAUGGGGUGAGUAGUGAAAUGCCAACUCUCUGGAAACAGAUCGUGUUCUCCUUCGCUUCUAUACUCAGCAUCGGUUCUGUGGUACUUCUGGUUGUGGCUCUGGCCACGGAACGCUGGAUCACCGGAACCACAUUGUGUCAGACAGGAGUGGAUUUGGUGAACGCGUCUAGUCCAGAGCUCGAGCAGUUCACGGGACACAUUUACUACGGUCUUUUUCAGGGCGGGAAAACACGAAGAUGCGGGCUCGGGAUCCGCCGCUCCAAAAUAUACAUUUUCCCGAAGCUCAUCAAAAAAAUCAACAGUGGUCUUCACAUGAUCAUUAUUUUCUUCCUUUUCAUUGCUAUUGGCUUUGCAGUAGUCAGUUUAGCUUUCUGUAUAUAUAAUGCCAGAAAAGUUCCUUACCAAUCUAUUAAAGGACCUUUUGGCAUCUACAUCUGGAAUUUCAUUGCAGCUCUGUUCAGUGCAAUGGGCUUUGCGUCUUUCCUUGCAGCAAUCCAGUGCCAUCGGCUCACAGAACAUGUGGCUAACUACCGUGAGAGCCUUUUUACCCUUGUGAUCCUUGAGGAGAAUCUUGGUUUCUCCUUCUGGUUGUGCGUUGCCAGCGCUGUAACACACGGAGCUAACAUUCUUGUAGUAGCCUCCAGUAAAAUUCAUCUGCCUAAAAUGCAGACUAAGAAACCAGAGGAACCCACAGCCACCGGAGAUGACUUUCUCUACUGAAGAAGGAUGAGCUGAAUGCAGGGUCAGAAAGGAGGCUGUGCAUAUGAGCCAAACAGAGUGUUUAUGUGACCCAACAUCUACUAUACCUGAAGUGAUUUAUGAGGUGAUUUAUGACUACAGACUGUGGUAGUCAUACUGAAUCUAUGGACAGCUGUAUUAUGUGGCAAAUACAUAAAAGGAAAAUCACUUGAAUAUGCUGUUUGUUGUGGAGGACAGCAAAAUGUUUUUGACUGACACAGGACAACUGCAGGUUUUCCAGACUGAAAUGUGACACUGUGUAUGUAUUUUAAAUUGUACAAAUUUUACAAGUUAUAUAUUCAUCUCACCUAUAUUUCAGAGCUGAGAAAUAUACAAUAUGUAAUAAUGCAUCAAUACUGUCUGAUAUGUAAGAAUAAAUUACUUGUUCCCUUUUUGGCAAUGAACACUCUAAACGUUCUAAACAUUAAUU